UGGAAUGUCUUGUACCGCACUGUUGGCACCUAUCAAUUACAUGCAUUGCAGCCCCACAUUAUCGAAAGAGGAAAGUGGCGGUCGCGCCUGCAUGUUCCGAGGUGGCUGUGCCAGCAGGCUACGCUCAGAUGUCGAGAAUUUAAAGGCUGUUUCGCUCGCUCACUGUUUCGGUCAACAUUCGCGAAGUCAUGGCAUCGAUAGAUGAGUGCCUUUAUCAACAUUCGCCGUUGCACCAGCAUACUUCGAUCAGACUGCUUACGCUUCUGCCUGGACCAUACCAUUCGCCUCUAAGGUGCCACAUCACCGAAUGCCACGAUCGCCAAACCACUCGAUAUGAAGCGUUAUCUUACGCGUGGGGCGAGCCCGGAAAUGAUGAUAUCAUCCUUGUUUGCAAUUCAGCCAACAACAGAGAGUGUUGUAUUCCCAUCAGACGGAACCUUGGCGACGGUCUGCGCCGUUUACGAUUGACAAAACCUCGAACGCUAUGGAUAGAUGCACUGUGCAUCAAUCAGGAUGAUCUGGAUGAGAAAAUGCAUCAAGUGGCUCACAUGGGUCGAAUCUACCGUGAGGCAUCUGCGGUCGUUGUUUGGUUGGGAGAGGAUGAGUCUUGGGACUUGGUUAAGAUAUUCCUACCUAUAUGGCAGACUGUCUACGAAUAUGGAAGACUUCACCACCAAAAAUUAGAGUCUGAUGUGCAUCGCGUUCCGCGAUUAUUGGGUAUUUCCUGGUUCUCUCGUGUAUGGAUACUUCAAGAGUUCCUCCUAGCACGUUCGGUCUACUUUCAAAUGGGCUCUCAUGAGUUUUCAGAGUCUAGGAUCAAGGAGACUGUCAUGGCUCCGGGGUUCGUACCAGACGGCUUGCUUGAGCGCCCUGAUAUGAUUCAUCGUCCCGGCUCGGUCAAUCCCGCGGAAGUGACCGAUUCUGAAGUGAUCGAGUCUGAAGAGAUCAAGUCUGAAGUGAUCGAGCCUGAAGUGAUCGAGAGUCUUGGCUUCAUCCAACGUCUAUUUGAGUACAGGGACCUGCUACAGAGCCCGCAAGUGUUCGAAUGCAAAGCGCAAGCGACGUUGACACAAUGUUUCUUGGAUCUCUCACGGCAACGCUCGUGUAUGGACGAUCGUGAUCGCAUAUAUGCUAUGCUCGGAAUUGCUCACGACCUCAAUAUCAUUCCGAACUACACACUGUCUGCGAAGGUGGUGUACGCAGAUUUUGUUUCGAAGUCUCUCAAGUCUGGAGACUUUUCGAUACUAUAUGCAUGCUGCAUAGAUGCCGAAUCAACCGGACUUCCAUCUUAUGUACCUCCGUUUGGCAAACUGUCCUACGUCCCAAUCGGCAUAUCGAGGUCUAUCGCAUACAUCAACGGAUUGCAUCUUCCAAAAACAUUGGACGUCGAUCCAGACAGCUACUUGCAUAUAAAGGGCAUUUAUGUAGACACGAUAUGUGGGAAGCUGGAUUUUAACACCACCGACGAUGAGUUGGAUCGCUAUUCGCCCCUGUUCCUCGAAGAUAGCUCCUGGUGUAGCGAAGGCCGACGGCGACAACGAAUAAGCCUGCACAACAGACCAAGUUCUUGUCUGGUAGCCGGUGCACCUAACAGUAUAGCAGUCUCUAGAUGUUUCAUGGCCAUGUACAUCAUACUGAUGAGUCACAUGGUCUCUGUACCCGAGGCUGACAGUUGCUGGCGCAUGGAUGUCCAGAACUGUUUUGCAGUCAGCCCAGCACAUGUUAGAAAACCAAAGCGUCUACAGGCCGAGGGGCGCAACAAGUUCCAGAUGCCCACUUUCUCGCACCAACCUUACUUGAACGAAACGCUCUAUAAUGUCUUCUUGAGUGUGAUAAGCAUAAAUCAAAAAGAAAUUGAGGGCUUGGGACGGUUCUUGCCAGCGAAUAAUCCAUCCUUUGCUAAGGUACUUCGACCAGAUGAGAAGCGGAGACUGAUAGACCGGUGCAUUUUUUGGACUAAGAACGGUGUAAUGGGAUUAAGCGGUAGUCAACUCCAACCGGGCGAUGUUGUUGCUGCAUUGGAUGGUGCUCCUGCACCUAUUCUGUUGCGCAAGGACGUCAAUGAGCAUGGUAAGGAGAGUCAUAUUUCGAAAAUCGUUGGAGAUUGCUACGUCCAUGGAUGGAAGCCCAGGACCACAGAUGGCGUUACUGGACUCCUCAAAGAUCUCUAUGGUGACACGCCACCUGAUUCAACGACCUUCAUCAUCGGUUAAGAUGAUACUGUUUUCAACAUUAGGGCGCAUUUUCACUCUCACGGGUUGGAUGGGAAAGUA